AAGGCGGAAGGAGAAUCCUGGAUCCUGUGGACGCGUGUGUUGUGCUGUGUGUGCUCUUUGUGUCACAGUUACUCGGUCAGUCUUCCGUGGCUUUGUCCUGUCACACACCCGCAGACAGACGCAGUUAUGUCGUCCGGUGGAGAAGCCGUGUUCCGGGCCGUGGAGGCGCCGCUGUUCUGGCUCGGGGCUGUGACGGCGGCCUGGCUGUCCGUGUGCUCCGUGUACCGGCUGCUGUCCGGGUUCAAGGUGUGGGUUCUGGGCAACGGACGGCUGGUGUCACCGACCACACUGGGGAAAUGGGCAGUUGUGACCGGAGCUACAGAUGGAAUUGGAAAGGCCUACGCAGAGGAGCUCGCCCGCAGAGGCUUUUCCAUCGUACUCAUCAGCCGCUCUCAGGAAAAGCUGGAUGAAGUGUCCAAGGCAAUUGAGAGCAAAUGUGGAGUGGAGACUAAAACGAUUGCGGCUGACUUUAGUGCCACUGAUAUCUACUCCAAGAUUGAAGAUGGUCUUUCAGGACUGGAGAUUGGAGUUUUGGUGAACAAUGUUGGAAUCUCCUAUUCUUAUCCUGAGUUCUUCCUCAACGUCCCUAAUCUCGACACCUUCAUUGAUACUAUGGUCAAUGUCAACAUAACAUCAGUGUGCCAGAUGACUCGGCUUGUUCUGCCUCGAAUGGUGGAGAGGAAGAAGGGGGCCAUCCUCAACAUUUCAUCUGCCAGUGGGAUGUAUCCUGUUCCUCUCCUUACCGUCUACUCUGCUUCCAAGGCAUUUGUGGAUUUCUUCUCCAGAGGACUUCAAGCAGAAUACAAGAGCAAAGGAAUCAUCAUUCAGAGCGUUCUGCCUUUUUUUGUCGCAACUAAGCUGAGUAAAAUCAGACGGGCCACACUGGACAAGCCGAGCCCCGAGUGCUACGUCGCAGCUGAACUGAACACAGUUGGACUGCAGAGUCAGACUAAUGGCUACCUGCCUCACGCCAUCAUGGGCUGGGUGACUACAGCGCUGCUCCCUGCCAAGAUCCUCAACAGCUACAUGAUGGGGAUGGGUUUGUCCCAGCGCGCUCGCUACCUCAAGAAGCAGAAGCAGGGUUAGAUGAGCAGGAGUCGGAAUUGGAGGCGGCAGUGACGGACAGAGAGGAGACCGGCUGUUUUCACAAUGACUCGUCCCACUAGCACAACCACGGACCAAAAAAGAGAAAAUGUGACAGUUUUUGGGCAACAUCCAAGUCUCUGAUACUCCUAGUCAUAGAUGUUGUGAGGCAGCUCUGUUGCCCUUUCAAACAUUCAGUCCAAACAAUUUUGUGAAAAUUAUAGAAAAGGACGACGCUCUUGACUAAGUGAGGAAGCUUUAAUGAAUAGAAGA